AUGGGGUACUGCUUUCAUCGGCAGUGCAUCGAGCUUAUGAGCACAUCCGGUCGCGUCGAUGAAUUGGCAAUGAAGAACCCCGACGAACUUAUUCGAGCCGUCGUUACGAUCAGCAUCGCAAGUCGAGCCGUGUCGAACGGCUGUGCUCAACGGACGAAGUUCUUUCGAAUGAAAUCCGUGCCGUCUUCCAGACAUUUGGACUUCCAGCAACGUUGCCACGAAAAGGAGCCGCUGAAACUGACGAACCUCAUCCCGUACUCCGACGACGACAAGGAUGGUCCGCUCACCAUUUCCAGAUUUAACACCGCGCCCAACAAGCAGAUGUUUCCUGGGGAACCCUUUGCCAGCACCCGUUUACGGCGGGCCAAGAACGUUUCUGGGCGUGCUUCGGCGCCUGUGUCGCAACACGGACGCCAAGGACGCGCUUGA